AGUCUGGGUCAGUCAUCCUAGCCGCAGUUAUAAUAAAUUUCUAAUUGUUUAUAGAAAUUAGAAAUUAGAAAUUAGAAAGAAAAUAAAAGAAGAAAGGUAGUAGAGUCAGUAGUAACUGGUGCGGAGAUGGGAGUGAGGUUUGGGAACAGCUUUGAGCACCGGAAACCUCAGGUACGGUCUCACCCUCAGUGACGCAUUCAAGCGCCACCUCCACGCUCAGCCCAUCGACUUCGGCUGAAUUCCUCCUCUUCAACUCCAUUUUCCCAAUUCAACAAAAUGGCCGCUAGGGUUCCCGUCCAGCACUACAAUCUCAACUCUCCCUCUUCCUUCAUCGAGAGCCCUCUCCAUGUCCUCAACGCCGUCGACGCCAGAACCUCCGCCAUCGACCACAUCACCGCCGACGACAACCCCAACGACGACUCCGCCUCCGCCGUCGAUUGUAUCAAUGAAUCGCACAGGAGCUGUUUGCCACUUCACACUGUGGAGGUAGACGAGGAUCGCGCCAGUCUCGACACUAACGAGUCUUCUAGAACCUCUUACGAUGUAUUGUCUGUCGAGGUUCAACUUGGACUACUAGAUGUUUCACCUAUUGAAUCCUCGAGGGCGAGGUUUUUGCAAAUUGUUGUGGACCAUUUUAUUGAUGACCGUGUGAUUGAGGUGCCUGACUCUGAGGCUGAUUAUGCCGGCCAAGAUAAAAUGAGUAAGAGGAGGACGAGAGAGAUCCAGUAUGAAGGAGACCCGAAUUUUGCUCUGCCUUUGAUGUAUGUGGCGAAUAUGUAUGAAAGUUUAGUUAGUGAUGUGAAUAAUAGGCUUGCUUCCUUGAAUGGUAUUCGGGAGAAGACAAUUGGGGUUGCACUUGAAGCUGCAGGUGGUUUGUAUAGAAGACUGGCUAAGAAAUUUCCAAAAAAAGGACCAUGUACAUUCAAGAGAAGAGAAUUGGCAACUUCAAUGGAAACGAGGACAAGGUUCCCAGAACUAGUUAUACAAGAAGAGAAGCGUGUUCGCUUUGUGGUAGUUAAUGGAUUAAGAAUUGUUGAAAAACCAAAUAAUGUGCCGAUUGAUGAUGCUGAGUGGUUCAAGAAAUUGACAGGUCGGAGUGAAGUUGCAAUCUCAGCUAGUGAUUACAAAUUUUACUCUCCAAGACACAAGUAUAGGCGUGGUGCAUCAAUUUCACUUUCAAAUAUCCCAGAUAUUGCUGGUUAUCCUGGAGCAGAAAAUUCUACUACAUUGGCUACUACUCAAGGAUUUCGCUCACCACAAAAUCAGCAGCAAACCCCGUGCAAACAUCACCUGCAGUCAUUGUCACAUCAACCUCAGUUUCACCCAGUUCUCCAGAACAACCAAACUAUGCACCAAAGUCAGCAUGCAGGGCCCUAUUCUCAUAACCCUCAAAGUGGACCUCCCUCACACCUACCUGAAAUUUCUCAUGCUCACCAGCCAAUAUCAAUAUCUCAACAUAUGACUUGCUUACAACCACUCGCUGGUGGCCAUGUUGGAGGACGCUUGCACAUGCUGCCAACAACUCCUGCAAAAUUUUGUGAUGAAUGUGGGGCUCCGUAUUUGAGGGAAACAUCUAAGUUCUGCUCCGAGUGUGGUUCAAAGAGGUUAGGAACAUAGCAGGUUUGGACAAGUCCUCAUCAUUUUUUUAAUCACAGGUGUACUCAGGUUUUUGAGAUUAUUAGUUUUCGUUGUAUUUUAUGUUAUGAAAAAUGUAUUUAACCUAAUAAAUAGAAAAUAGUAUAGUUUUCACUUGAAAGGUGUGGUCUGGUAAA